GUCAACAUUAAUCUUCGUAGCCUAAUUUAUCCCGGGCUAGGCUGACGAUGCCAGGUUACCGAUCACUAAUGUUUCAAUAUGACGGCUCCGAGGCCGACAGUGCCUCGAAUAUUGGCUCUUCGAGCCAUACUAGGUGAGCCCAGAAUUCAGCCCCGCUCGUCGGAAUACCUCACGAGAGUCUCAGUUUUUCACCGAUGAUGUACAAAGGAAUAGGAAGAGCUGGGAUUGCGCCAGGACUUCUGAAACGCAGAAAAACCCUGGGACUUAAUACUCGUUUCGAUCGGAUGCUGGCCCAGGUGAACGUUACACAUUUGUACAGUUCUGAUCCGAAAACGCGUCGAAAGCGUGCGCGUUCUUCCGGGUCUUCCUCCAUCAGUAGUUAUGAUCUUCCUAAGACGCCUGUGGACGCAUACAGCUAUGAAGAUAGACUUGGAAGUGACAUCUCUGUGUUGAAGAUGAACCAAAGGGCGUCAAACCCAGCCAAGUCUCCCCUGGUGCAACGUAAACUCAAAGCAUAUCGAAAGGGUUCUCAAGUACAGGCACCGACAAAGUCCCUACCUAUGUGGCUCGCGAGUACGUUUAGUGCCUUGGAACCCGAGCAUCCACUUCGAGAAUUGCUUCCUCCUUCUCUGGCUCACGAAGACAUGAUUGAAGCCAGAACUCGAAACGAACCUCGACCAUAUUCUGAAGAAGUCAGGACAAAUCGCAUGUUUGCAUUCUCCCCGUUCGAUACCGAUGUACAGGAGAAUAAUGAUGCAGCUCAUGGAGCCUCACGUCCACCGUCUGCUGACCCCGCCUUGUGUGACGUUGGGUUGCUGCCUUGUGGUCGGACGACUGUCAACGCGGUGUCACAAACAUUCCACCUCGAAGAAGGUACCCUCGGGUUUCGCCCAUUUUCCACUCCCGGCUCGUUCGCCGCUCUACAACACACUGUUACUUCAAAUGCUACACCUAACUUAGCAUGCCCACCAGAAUCGCAGAAGACCUUGGCGCACGUAAAGCCACCCCUUUUGUCUCACGACGCAAGUGUCAAUCAUGCCAAUUUCACAUCGUCUCCUGUUUUUCGUCCAACUAUUACAGAGCCGGAAACUUACUUGUCCUCCUUCCACCGCGGAUCGCCUGUUGCUUCUAACGAUCUUGGAUCUCACUUACCUACGCCUGAUUUUCAAGAGAACGAGCUGAUGAUGAAUAUAUUUUCCACCCCUGGACCGGCAUUUACCGUCUCUCGACCAGUGUACUUCGAUUCUCCCACUGAAGAUCCAUCACUGUCCGACCCUCUGGAGCCAGAAUCGUAUGAACUUGACUUGGACGCACUUGAUUUCCGCUGGCAGCCAUUCUUGAGGAAGACCUUGCCUGAUCCCAGCUUGGCCAACAAGCAGACUUGUGCCAUAAAUGCUUCGGCUACAAUUCCUCCUGUAUUUGAAGAUUCCGACGUUCUUUUGUCGCAUUUACCCUAUUCCUUCUGUGGUGUCGCUGGCGAUCAAGUAGCAAUGGCGGAGGCACCUGACGCACGCGUAGAAUCCGACGUUUAUGAUGGACCCGUUCGCGGUUCACUUGUAUUCGGACACGCCAUUCAACAAUCUUCAUCUCCUCAGUCGAAUGGCCAAAGCGACGCAGUGGUCUUCACUCCCCCUUCUAGAGUUUUCAUUAUGGCUCCUCCCAUCUUUGCAGACUCUGACGUCCUUUUGUCGCAUUCGCCUCAUGCUUUCCGUAGUGUCGCUGACGACCAAGCCACAAUGGCAGAAGCAUCUAACGCAUCCGUAGGAUACGACCUUCGUGAUAGACCCUUUCGCAAUUCACCUAUAUCUGGACAUGCCAUCCAAGAAUCUCCAUCACCUGACUUGAAUGGCCAAAACGACGCAGUGGUCUUCGCUCCCGCUUCGGGAAUUUUCAUUUCACCGCUCCAGGGAGCAACAUCACCCCCUGCUGUCCCUGGUAUUGCCGAUGUACAAGAACUUACCGCAGAAAACACAACAUGCAUCACAGAGAGCCGCGAGCAACCUUUCACGCCCACACGCCCAACCCAGGCGUCACAACCAGCAACGCCGAAAAAAGAUCGAUUAAGCCAAACACGCAGUACGCCGAUCCCGCCUCGGCAAGAACAACGAUCGACUGUCUCAUGGAUGCUAUCACGUCGGUCGCUUGUAGGGAGGGGCGGCGUUGGCCGUGACGACAUUGAGGGGUUGCUUUCGCAGCGUUCAGACACUAGUCAUGACACAAUUGAGUCAUGGACGGAUGACCAUUAACGAAUUUGAGCAUUCUACAACUGUAUUUCCACUAGCGAACUCGAACUCUACGCAGCGUUCCUGAAGUUUAAGUUAGAAGUAUUCUAUGGAAUGAAAGUAUUGCGAGGGUAUAUAAAUCCAAACAAGCCGGUAUUGGAGAAUUACCAACCAACUUCACCACCGUCAAACGGUUCAAUGGUGACCCCACGGUUUCCCCGUGACUUUCGCAGCUUGUAUCGCUCCAAAGUAUAUAUCUCGUAUGAAGCGGCUGCAAGCUUCAUCGCAC